AUGAAGACGACGCGCAGGGGACGGCCGUUCGCCAAGGACACGCACGACCUCUUCGCCACGCUCAUCGUCUCGCUGCAGCUGCAGACGCACCGCCAGUACUUCAAGACGUACCACAACUCCUUCACCACCGAUGAGGCUGCCGAGAACCUCGCCGCGCUGAAGUUCUCGCAGAGCAACCGCGCGCCAGAUCCGAAGGAGCCAAGUCGCGUCGUCACGACGACGACCACGACGACGUUCAGCAUGAACCGCGACAUGGCCAAGGGCAUCUGCCAGCACUUCAUGGACGCGCGCCUCAUCGAGAAUGCGGCGGACCAGGGCAGCAGCAUCUUCAAGGACAAGGGUGUGUACCUCAUCACGCCCAAGGGCCUGCACAUCCUCGAGCGCUUCAUCACCAAGAACGGCAUCAACGGCGAGCACCUGCUCAAGGUGUUCAGCUCGCAGCCCAUCUGCAUGAAGCUGCUGCACCUCGAGCGCCGCUCGCACGACGACGAGCUGCUAAUCAACCGGCCCGUCAUCGAGGUCAUCUUCCGCCGCUUCGUCGGGCGGCAGCCCAACUACCCGCCCACCGCCGCCGGCGCCUCCUCCGACGGCGCGGCGCCGUCCGAGGGCGACUUUGACCGCACGAUGGGCAUCGAGAUGCAGGACAUCAUCGACAAGAUCAAGCCGGCCAAGGGCGGCUCGGCGACGCGCGUCAUGAAGCACUGCUUCUCAGCCAUUGCCGCACUCGACUGGCUCUGCGACUUCACCACCAUCUGCGGGCGCGACGAGGCGGCCGAGGUUGCAGCACACUUUGUGCGGCUCGGGCUCAUCGAGCUCGUCAUGGACCGCAGCCGCAAGGACUCGGACGAGCACGCCAACAUUGCCGUGCGCGGCGACGACGGCAGCGGGCGCAUCACCGAGGGCGAGUUCCGCUGCCACUACAAGGCCAUGUACGGCUGCACGGACCGCGGGCGCGGCGUGGCGCGCUGGCCCGGCUAUGCGCACCUCGCCGAGAUGCAGCAGACGCAGAGCUUCCACUCGGGCGCGGGCCUCGAGGAGGACAUGCAGCACGCGCUCAACAUCAGCGGCGCCAACAGCGGCGCAGACGGCGGCAGCACGGCCUCGGGCAAGCCAGACGGCAGCAAGAACGGCUCGGCGGGCACGGAGAACUCUGGCUCGAACGGCGGCCUUGCGCGGCGGCCGUCGGCCAGCGAGCGGCUACGCAGUGAGUUCGUCGCGCACGGCGGCAACGGCGCGUCGUCGAGCCAGCCCAGCUUGCACCUGGGCGACAGCAUCACGACGGGCGGCCCCGGCGGCUCGUCGACGUACAACUCGCGCGACAGCAACACGAACCGCCUGAAGCAGAUCCUCGAGGAGCCGGCGCUGCGCAGCCUCUUCCGCGAGUUCCUCAAGCAGAACUUCUGCGAGGAGAACCUGAGCUUCUGGCUCGACGUGCAGGACUUCAAGCGGCGCUUCCACACGACGAGCAGCGCCGUGGCCGUGCGGCCAGGCGCGCCAGGUGCCGAUGCCAAGGGCUCGAGCGCAGGCGGCGGCAUGGCCAGCGCCGUCGGGCGGCGAUUGGGCCGCGGCGGCCAGAGCUCCAGUACGAACCAGUACGGCUUCACGGCGAUGGAGCGGCAUCAGCAGGACCUGAUCGCGAUGGCCUUCGUCAUCUACAACACCUACCUGGCGCCCGCCUCGCCGUGCGAGCUGAACAUCGAGCACAACCUGCGCGCCGACCUCGUCGCCUACAUGAACAAGGUCAUCAGCGACGCCAAGGGCCCGGGCGGCGAGGGCGUCGAGAGCGUCUCGGCGCAGGAGGUGCGCGGCCAGACGCAGGGCUUCAACGCGUCUGCGCCGGGCAGCAGCCAGGGCCACGGCAGCGGCGGCGUCGGCGGCCUGGAGGAGCGGCGCGCGGCGGUGCACGCGUCGAUGCCCAAGGCGCCGCUGCACGCCAGCCAGCUGCAGACGAUGGUGCGCCUGUACGAGCGCAUCCAGGACCACAUCUUCCGCCUCAUGGCCACCGACUCGGUGCCGCGCUUCAUCAAGGAUGCACGCUUCCUCAGCCUCGUGCGCAGCGUCGAGGAGUACACCGAGGCGCUCGAGAGCGGCCGCCUGGACCCCAACGACUCGAGCGGCCCGGCCAUUGGCAAGGCCGUCGUCGACGCCAUGGAGCUGGGCGAGAUGCGCGCCUCGGCCGCCACGAGCGCAGCGCCGCUCCGCGUGGCCAGCUCGUCGGGCGGUCCGAUCGCCAAGUAG